AAAUCGGGUUUAGGAAGAUUUGGGCCUAUUAAUAUUGGGCCAGACGUAAUCAAGCCCAUUUUAAACAACACAACAUCCCCUAGCAAGAGCUUCUUCAACGAACAAAGAAUACCUGUGUCUUCCUCCUCGUCUUCACUGCCUCCAUCGCCGCCGGUGAAAUCUAUCGUGUUUCUCUAGAUACAGUUAUAGACCAUGGUUAACCAAAGGCGAAGACUUGCGCAGAAGCGAUACAAGGAAGCUAAUCCAGAGCUGUUUCCAAAAGCAGAACCAACACCACCAAAGGACCCUAAUAAGAAGAAGAAGAAGAAGAGCUUGUUCAAGAAAAAGAAACCUGGAUCUUCCACUGAUAGACCUCAGAGAAAAGGCUCUUCCACAAGACAUCCUCUUCGAGUUCCUGGUAUGAAACCUGGAGAAGGCUGUUUUAUCUGCCACUCCAAAACUCAUAUUGCUAAGCUUUGUCCUGAAAAAUCUGAGUGGGAGAGAAACAAGAUAUGCUUGCAGUGUAGGAGGAGAGGGCAUAGUCUUAAAAACUGCCCUGAAAAGAAUGAUGAGAGCUCUGAGAAGAAGCUGUGUUACAACUGUGGAGAUACUGGCCAUUCACUUUCCCAUUGUCCUUACCCUUUGGAAGAUGGAGGGACCAAAUUUGCAAGUUGUUUCAUUUGCAAAGGACAGGGGCACAUAAGCAAGAACUGUCCUCAAAACAAGCAUGGAAUCUACCCAAUGGGCGGGUGUUGUAAAGUGUGUGGGAGUGUGGCGCAUCUCGUCAAAGACUGUCCCGAUAAAUUCAACCAAGAGUCAGCCCAACCAAAGAAGACUUCAAGGUUUGAUGCUACACCAAGAGGAAAGGUCACUAAGUUAAGUGGAGACGAUCUUGAGGACGAUUUCACUGAAGAGCUCAAAAGCAGCAAGAAGACCAAUAUCUCUGAUGAUUCAGAUCAGAAGAGUGUCGAUGUGAAGAAAAAGAAACAAGAGUUGUGUAAGGACAAAUUGCCAUUUAUGAUUCAGAACAAUGCUAUGUUUUACCUUCAUCAACCAAACGCAAUGGCGAACGCGGCCUCGGGGAUGGCGGUGGAGGACGAAUGUAAGCUGAAGUUUUUGGAGCUAAAAGCGAAGAGAAACUAUAGGUUCAUAAUAUUCAGGAUAGAUGGACAACAAGUGGUGGUAGAAAAGCUGGGAAGCCCCGAGGAGAACUACGACGAUUUCUCCAAUUCCCUACCGCCAAAUGAAUGCCGCUACGCUGUUUAUGACUUCGACUUCACCACUGCUGAGAAUUGCCAGAAGAGCAAGAUCUUCUUCAUAGCAUGGUCACCGGAUUCAUCUAGAGUAAGGAUGAAGAUGGUGUAUGCGAGCUCAAAGGACAGGUUCAAGAGAGAAUUGGAUGGUAUUCAGGUGGAGUUACAAGCCACUGACCCGAGCGAGAUGAGUCUCGACAUCAUCAAAAGUCGAGCUCUCUAGACCUCCAUGCUUUUCUAAUUACAUAUCCAUAAUCAUCGUCAUUCAAACAAUUUCCUCAUCUUAUGUAACUUUCGAUCUUGGUUUCAUUCAU